AAAAAAAAAAGGAAGAAAAAAACUUUGGCAGGCAAACAGUGUCUUACAUCAAUCUAGCAGUCAGCAUCUAUGUAGAUGUUCUUUCCUCCUUUUGUGCAACACCCCUUCCCUCCUACAGACCACCCAAAGCCCUAUAAAUAAUCCAAGGACUGUAUUUUUCCUCCAGAUUUCUCUUCAGACCUCAAAGGGAAAAUAUCAGGCAAAGGAAGGGAGAGAGGGAGAAGGGAAAGUGAGGAGGGGAGAGAGAGAGAGAGAGAAAGAGGAAAGAUGGCUAGUGAAUUCAGAAAGAAAAUAUUCUGGAGGGCAGUGGUGGCCGAGUUCUUGGCCAUGAGCCUUUUCAUUUUUAUCAGCAUUGGCUCGGCUCUGGGCUUCAACUUCCCCGUGGUGGCCAACAAAACAUCAACGAGGUCCCAGGACAAUGUGAAGGUUUCCCUGGCUUUUGGGUUAUCCAUCGCUACCAUGGCGCAGAGCGUGGGCCACAUCAGCGGGGCGCACCUGAACCCCGCUGUCACCCUGGGGCUGCUGCUCAGCUGCCAGAUCAGCAUCUUCAAGGCGCUCAUGUACAUCCUCGCCCAGUGCCUGGGGGCAGUGGUGGCCACAGCCAUUCUCUCCGGAGUCACCUCCUCUCUCCCAGGAAACUCCCUGGGGCUUAAUGCUCUUUCAGAGGGAAUCAAUGCAGGCCAAGGGCUGGGAAUUGAAAUCAUUGCCACCUUCCAGCUGGUGCUCUGUGUCCUGGCCACCACAGACCGCAGAAGGAAUGACGUCUCGGGAUCGGCACCUUUGGCCAUCGGUCUCUCCGUUGCCUUGGGCCAUCUUCUUGCUAUUGAUUACACUGGCUGUGGAAUUAACCCAGCCAGAUCUUUUGGCUCAGCGCUCAUUGCCAACAACUUUGAAAAUCACUGGAUUUUCUGGGUUGGCCCAAUCAUUGGAGGAGCGAGUGCUGCCCUGAUUUACGACUUCAUCCUGGCGCCCAGAACCAGCGACCUCACCGACCGCAUGAAGGUGUGGACCAGUGGCCAAGUAGAAGAGUACGACCUGGAAGGGGAAGAUAUGAACUCCCGGGUUGAAAUGAAGCCAAAAUAAAGAGGGAGAUGGAGAGAGGGAAGAAAAAAAAGUAAAAAAAAAAAAGCGCAGCACAUUGGUUUCCGAAGGUUUUAUCAGUGUUAUAGACUCUUUGUAAACCAGCAAGCAGUACUCUGUUUUUUUUAAUUCAAUACAGUUUUCAUGUUUUGUUUUGUUUUGUUUUUUUUUUACCCCCAAUCCUAAUAGCAUUUUUUAUAUCUGGGGUUUUUCAAUUACAGAGUCUUUAGGUUGAGAAGUCAUGACCUAAACAAAUUGGGGUGAAAUUUAUUUAGGUCACCUUUGCACAACCUAAACGAAUUGGGCUGAAAUUUAACCCUUCCCUUUGUACCACCCAAUUUUGAGGUGUAUUUAGCACGGGGGGUUCUCCCACCACAUCACUCAAUAAUUACAAAUAGUUCCAAUGACCAGUUUGUUACCUGAAAGAAUAAUUAUUGAUGAGAGAGAAUCAUCUAUACCAAUAACAGAGGCCUUACACUUUGAAAAAAGAAUAUUUAUACAAAAAUGCAAGGCUGGCAUCUAAUGCCAGCAAUGAAUAGGAAAAAAAAAAAAAAAAAA